AUGUUAAAAUUAUCGUUUAUUUCUUCUAAUGAUCAAAUUAGGAAAGAAGAACUUCAAGAUAAGAUACGAACGAUAACUGAAUUUUUAAAUGAUUUGAAAAAUAUAGAAAAUUGUUUCAGUCGUCUAUGGGCUGAAUCACUUACAGAAAUAUGUGCAUUAUUAUACAUUGAAAAUCCUAUUAUUACAUUAUUACCUAAAGAAAUCAAAUGUGAAAAUUAUGUUCCAUUAUGUUUGAAAUUAAUUGAAAUACGAUCUCAAUUACAAGAACGAAUGAUUGAUAUUGAAGAAAAAACUAUUGAUCUCUGGAAUGCUCGUUUUGAUAUUCCAGAUACAGAUCAACCGAAGGAAAAUAGUUUUAAUAUAUUUCGAAAUAAGACCGAUGAUGUUAUAGGUCUCGAUCCAAAUCUAAUUUUUACACCAGAUCCACAAUUACCUACUACCCCAAAACCAACCACUCCUAUGGAUCCAUUCGACUGGGAAGGACUAAUUCCGCUCGGUCCUGCUAGCCCAUCGCCACCUCUACCAGUAGUCUAUGAAAAAACAAUCAAUUAUACAUCUCUAUUUAAAUUGAAAAUAACAUUAAUUUCAUUUCCAAUUCUAUUUGAAAAAAGUCGAAUACAAGUAGAACAAUUGGCAUCAAAAACACAAAAUACACGUUUUGUUAUUACAUUUAAAGAUGGUAAACAAACAAAAUAUCAUUGUAGUAAGCCUGAAAAAUUCUAUAUGCAAUUAAAAAAAAUCUUUGACGAGAAAAAAUAUGAUUUGAAUACUAUUGGUAUUAUUGAUUCAAAUCAAAUAUUGGUUGACUUUAUGAAAACAAAUGUAAAUAAUUCAUUACCUAUUAUUGAAGAAGAAUAUCAUAUUAAGGAAAAAAGAUUAUUAAUUUCUAUUAUAUUAGAAAAAUAA